AUGAGUUUCUAUUGGCAGCAAGCUCUUCAAAAGCAACAACAACAACAACAACAAAACACGGGAUAUCAGCAACAGGAUCCACAGUUCUCGUCAAACAAUCCGGGACAAUGGGAUUAUAUAAACCUAGGUGGAGCACCAGCUCAACAAUAUCAAUGGAAUCCAAAUCAGAAUCAACAACAAAAUUAUCAUAAUACUCAUCAACAACCACCUCCUCAGAACGGGAUGAAUCCACCACAACAAAAUCAACAUCAGGUUCAGAAUCAGUGGACUCAGGGUCAAGCAACACCGGUUGAGCAUACACCAUUAUUGCGGCAACAGCCUCCACAAAAUGCUGCAAUUCCGAAUUUAGGAAAUUAUUCUGCUCCUAGCUCGAAAGAAGUGACACCAGAACCUGCGCAACAGAACUGGAAUCAAGCAAGUUAUCAAGUUGAGCAGCAGUGGAAUCAAAAUCACAAUCAAAGUCAGAAUCAAGUUCACAAUUAUCCAGUAGAAGUUAAAGAAGUUACUCCUGAACCCGUUUAUCAACAAACUCAACAGCUUGAAGUUGUGGAUCCAGUUCCAACAAAUUUUCAACAAUGGUCGCAACCUCAACCUCAACUUCAGCCUCAAGAUCAAAUCGUAUCCUCCAAAGAAGUAACACCUGAACCUCUGUUAUAUCAUGGAACCCAAAUUUAUCCCUCCAAAACAUCAUCCAAAGAAGUCACACCAGAACCAACUCAGGUAGUGCCAACUAAAGAAGUGACACCCGAACCAGCACAUCAUCCGACACCAACAGCGCCGCCACAAGAGCAACAAUUCUCUGCGCCACUACCAACGGUUAGUUUUGUUUUUCUGAAUACCCGUGGUUAUUGGCUAUUUUGUUUUUUCCCUUUGAGUUUUACCGUGCUGAGCAUGAUAAUUUUUGUGCCUGAUUUAACUGUUUAGGAGAAGCCGCUCACUGUUCAAUCACAACCAGAAAUACAAGAAAAACCGAAGAACGAAAUCAAAGUGACACCAUCCUCCUCCGAAGAUGAUUGGGAAAAAGCGGAUUUGGAGGUUCAGGCGGUUGAGGUAAGAAAUGAUGUAGUAAUGUUUGGUAAUGAUUUUCCUUACUAAAAACGCAUGAAUAAAAAAAUAGCAGGAGAAGUUUCGAAAUUUUAAUUUUUUUCCAGAAAGAACAACCAAACGGACAAGCUGAACAGCAAGUUGAAGGUAAUUUUUUAGAGGGUGGGGGAUUUCAAGAGAGAUUUUGAGCCCUUAAAAUAGUAAAGAAUUAUUUUUGAAAAUCUGAAACAAAUUGAGCCAAUUUUUUUUUCCAAAAUAGCAUAAUUUGUAGCUUGUACAAUUUCAAAAAAAAAAAUAAAUGGCCACAAAAUCUCCCUUUAAAUGAUUCUGCCUCCUGAACUCUAAAAACUGUAUUUUUUUCCAGAAAAUUCAAGAGAAUCUUCAUUGGGUGGAAGUUGGUCAAAUGAGCAAGCACCACAAGUUGAGGAAUCAUCAAGAAGAGUGACUCCAGACAAACCUGCGUUGAAUUUGACGACAAGUCCGGGAGAAGCACAAGCCACUAGCACACCGAAAGAUUUUGAGAAGUGAGGUUUUUCUCUUGAAAUUUAAAAAAUUAUUUGAUUUUUAUUUCAGAAGAGGAAGUGUAUCGUCUCAAAGAACAUUGGAAGCAGAAGUGUCUACCAUUGAUACUACUUUUACUCAAAAGAAACAUGAGGAGGAAUCUGGAAAUAAUAGUGAUAGUACACUUGCUUCGAAUCAAGCACCAAUUGAAAGAGGAAGUAUUCGAGCGAGUUAUCGUAACUACAAACAACAAUACACUGAGAUAUUGAAGCGAUUGAAUGGUUAUCGAAUUGAUAAAAAUCGUGCUGAUUUCCGACCAUCUUCAAAAUUGGGAAACCCACUUCUUGCUGCUACUGAAAGUUUGACGGGGCCAAUUCGAACUAAAUCAAUGAGACUUGAUGGUCGAACAUCUGUACCACUCCCACAAUCACAAAGUUAUAACGAUGAUUUGUGUUCUGAAUCUGGUAGUCAUCGACGACAUCGAGUCAGUCGAUUAGAAUCUGGUAGAUCAAGUGCGAGACCACAAUACGGUUAUGAUUCAUCGAAUCAAUCAAGUAGUGCUGUUCAACAAGAUGUGAGAAGAUAUCAAGGAAGACAUAGUGUAAUGGGAAUACCAUAUCGAAAUCAUUAUGCUGCCGAAAGAUUCUCUCCACAAUAUCCAGAGGGGAGUAGCUUAUCUGAAAGCGAUGAAGAUGAAUAUAAUGAACCACCAAAUGGUAGUUAUCAAGGAUAUGAUUAUGAAAUGAGUUAUCAUAGCAAUGUUUCACAAAAAAGUCAAAGAACUUCGAAUAUUGAAGGUCCCGAAUACUAUUAUUUUGGCGUGGUUCAUAUUGCAAUUGUGAGUUUUUUGUGAUUGAUGAGAAAGAAAAUUCAGAAAUUUGAAAAAAAAAACUAUUUUUUUAGGAAACUGUUCAACAAAUCUUGGAACAAUCUCCACCACCAGAAUCUUAUUGGGCCCUUCCACCAAUGGAAAAAGCUGCCUACAUGUUUUAUGCUGCCAUUUAUAAAGCGCAAUACCGUGAUACUCACGAGUUCCACAAACUCUUCAAUCGUGAAUAUUUCAAAUAUGUUUGUGCUGGAGAUGCACCGGAUGUUGCAUUGUACAAAGUUUGUAAAUCGAUUCAAGAUCAAUAUGUUGCGCGAAUGCAAGAGAAACAAAAACAAGCCGCUUAUGAAGCAUCGCAAAAACAAUAUUUGAGUGAUGAUGGAAGUCAAGAUAGGUCAGUUCAAUUAAUUUUUACUGGCCAUUGUGUAAAAGAUUUGGGCUCGAUUUUUCAGUGAAGAAGAUAUUGUAACACCGGUACAUCCAAAAAGUAUAAUGAGAAGGUUUGAAAAUCCCCCUGUUUUUUUUCUGUUCAGAUAAUGGGAUUCUUCUGUUACUGGGUUUUUUCGGGAUACCUCUGUUUAUGUCUACGUUAUUUUGGGAAAGUUAAUUUUUCAUCAAAAAAUCAUUUUUUAGAUACAGUGAAAGUGCAAGUCUUUAUGAAAAUGAUGAUAUCAAUUCAAGUAUCGCAUCCGGAUUAUACUUCAAAGGACCUGCAAAAUUCACCGCACCACAUGCUUUUCUAACAUUUGGAGUUGGCGGAAGAACAGUUUCAGUUCAACCAGAUAAAUCAAUUUCUGUAGUGAAUAUUGAUGAUAUGAAAUCGUUUUUGAAAGAUGCUGCAACUCUCAAAAUUCACGACAUGCUUUACUCAUUCAAGGGACCUUUGAUUCCUAAUCAAUCACCAGCACAUACUGUCAGAUUAUUCAUUACAAAACAGAUUGAGGCUAUUAAACGCUCAGAUGUUGCAAUUGAAAAUCGUUAUGCAAAUGAUGUCGUUGAAUCAUUAUUAGUUUGGCAAUUGUUGGAGAUGAUGGUGAAGCAACAAGGAGUAAGUUCAGACAAUACCCAGAAAUUCAACUUUUCAUUUUAACAUUUUUAGAACGUGACUGGUCCAGAUAUUGCCGAACUUCUGCUGUCUGCUUCGAAUUUCAAGGUUGAUACCCAAACUGCUCCACCAACUGCAGAUAUAGGACAAGCUCUCGGACAAUUCACUUCUUGUCUUCUUGGUGGACAUGUUGAUGUGGGUUUUUUCUCACAUUCAGGAUUAGGCUAAUAUAUGAAUUAGAUUUUAUGAAUUUAGAUAGUUGUUGUUAAUAUUUUGAACAAAAAAAUUCAAAAAUGUAAUUUUUAGGAAGCCGUUGAAUGUGCGAUACGUCACGGUUUAUUCACCGAUGCUCUUAUUCUCACUCGCCGUCUCUAUCCAAACGAUUCACAAAAAGUGCUCGAAAUCGAAGAACGCUUCCUUCAAACUCGUUCAAUGAAUAAUCCAGUCAACACUUUGGUUUCUGUUGCAAAUGGAAUUAUUCCACCAGUUAUCACUGAUCCACUUCUCGAUGAUUGGAGAACACAUGCUGCAAUCAUUUUGGCUAACUUGAAUCAAAAAGAGACUGCAAUGAAUACGAUUUAUCAGUUGGCAAGAGCAUUGAGAGAUCGCGAUUAUCAUUCUGCGGCUGAUUUUUGCUUUAUGGUUGUUUGCAUUUUGGCUGGAAUUGAUCCAUUUGUUCCAGUUAAAGAGACGUAAGUCGCGACAAAUCAUGUUUUUGGGAAAACAAACGAUAAUAUUUUCAGAAAUGGUGAUGGAUUCUCCGCCAAUAUUUCUUUGGUUCAUUCAGCUAUCCCAGAUGACGAUGGAUUCGAUCUUGAUCGUGAACAUUGUGGAUUUUUCAUCACUGAUCUUCAAGCAACUGAAAUCUUUGACUACGCGCUUCGAUUAAAACCCGAACGUGGAGAUUCCCCACUGUCGAGAUGUGUUGGAUAUCAAACAUUCCGAAUGACUUAUGCAAAACUUCUUGCGACACACGGACUCACCACUGAAGCCUACAGGUAUGUUAGAAAAUUAUUGAGGUUUCUCUUGAUCUAAAUUUUUUUCAGAUAUUGUGUUGAGAUUGCAAGAUCUGUGUGGAAUCAAUACACCAAUUACAAGAUGGAAGAUUUGAUCGAACUUUGUGAUUUAGCCGAAUCUCUUCAUUAUGUUGCAUCAGCUGAUCCUUCGGAAAUUGGAUGGAUUUCUCAACUCCGCACAAUGUGUCAAACUGCUCUCUAUCCAGCUCAAAAUUUAGCCACUACCAGCGCUAUUUCAACAUCAACUUCCAGUUCAUCUACAAUUGCAAAUCCAGUGCAACCCGCAAUCCAGGAACAAUAUAUUGAACCUGCUCCAGUUUCAAAAGCCGAAGAUCCACCUACUCCUGAACCUCCAGUCAUCAAAGCUGAAGAAAACUUGGUUGAUUGGAAUGCAGCUCCAAUAAUUCCAGAAGUUCAGGAGAAGCCUGAGAUUAUUGAACAACAAAUGACACCUUAUCAACAUCACCAGCAACCACCAAAGGAAGAGACUGUAGAGGAACCUGCACAAUGGGAUCAGGGAUAUCAGCAGCAGCAACAACAAGAACAAUAUCAAGAAGAAGUUGCUCCACCACCACCAGCUCUUCCAGUUGUGCCAAUUGAGGAACCAGCUCCACCAGCUGCAGCGCCUCCUGUAGCUGCACCUCCCUCUGCAGCUCCAGGAACAUCCGCACCAUCUGGUUUCCGAGCUGUCCGAGGCGCUUCACGAUAUGCUAAUGCCGCAAGUGCUCCAGCAGUUGCUCCAAUGUCAUUUGGAUUUAUGCCGCAAGCACAAGGUGGGUUUGAGAAUUCUCAAGAAGUUGGGGGAAAAUCAUGUCCUCUGAAAAAAAUAAGAUAAGUUAGCAGAAUGAAUAAAAAUGUCAUUCGAAAUUUUAAUCGAGUUAUUGAAAAAUUAUCUUACACUUAAAAACUUUUACCACAACAAAAAUCGAUAAUUUCCCAGAGGCUCACAGCCGCUGUUCACACUUUCUCAAGCACCCAAACAUUUUAUUUUUAUUGCAGAUAAUGAUGAUUCAUUUGAUCCAUUUAGUGGUCAAGCAAAUCCAACGAUUCAACAAAAUCCAACAAAACCAUCAGCUGAUGAGUAA